AUGAAUAUCCCCUAUGUGCAGUCCGGCACAGCCAUGCCGUUCCCCCAGGCAGUUUACCCAAGUGCAGCGAGCAAGGACAGUUAUGUACAGCAUGCGAAGAAGGCCUUGGGAACUAACAUCUCCAGCGAAGUAGAAAGAGGUUAACACACAUAAACGCACUAAUAUGUGUAUCAAUUGAUUAACAACCUAUUAAAUGAAAUUAGGUGGCGUUUUGAAAGAGUUUUUUAGUGCACUUUUUCAAGGCUUUAUAACCAUGAUAAUUACUAGUUAUCGAUACUCGUGUCACAGCGUUUUUACAAACCAUUCUAUUUUUAGAACAAUUUUGGCGCGAAUUUGGAAUUUCUUUUAAGUCCCACAAAAACCUACAAAACAAAUCAGACAGCAAAACCUACAAGACUCCUACAGACUUUGAUGACGUUUUGGUCUCCUUACUCAUAACAUAAAUGUAACUUUUCACAGCAACACGAGACAAAUGCGCUAAGAAGAUUGACUUGGCUAUCGUUCUGGACGCUUCUGCGAGCAUCGGUGAAGAGAAUUUCAAACUUGCCAAGGACUUAACCAGAACACUGUUAAGGCAAUUUGAAAUUUCCAAAGACGAGGUUUUAACAUCGCUUGUGUCCUACUCACAACACAUUAACGUUGCUCCCAAAUUUGAUGAUUACUAUAACGAGACGCAAUUGGAGAAGGCGUUGGACAGGCAUUUCUACGAGUCAUCUUCCACUAGCACAGGAAGAGCUUUAAAAAUGGUCACCAAUGAUUUGUUUGGGGUUAAAGGAGGAGCGAGAAUCGGACACCGUGGUAAGUAGGUUUGGUUAUAAAAAUUACAAUAGUUAAGCAAUGGAUGGUAGAUAGUGGUAUAGUCAUGUAUUCAUAGUACCUGGUGCUAUAUAUGUUGAGUAUGUAGUGAUGAAACACUCCUUCUCGUGCCUGAUAUAUUAUAUUACUUCCAAGUGUUUGAAUAUCAGAUGAAACACCUUUUCUCGUGUUUAAUAUAUUACUUCUUAACGUCUGGUUAUCAAGUGAAACACCCCUUCUUGUGUUUGAUACAUUACCUCUCGGUGUUUGGAUAUCAGAUGAAAGACUCUCUCUCGUGUUUAAUGUAUCAAUUAAAGAAUUUCCUUAUUUUUCGUAUUUUUGUCGUUUGAAUCUUUCGCUCCUAGUCCUCUUAUAACAUUCGUGCUAUUACGGAAGCCAGCUAGUCGCUUAAGAAUUAAAAAAUUGACAUUAAAGAAAUAUAAAAAUUCAAAACACUCUUCUUUAUGAUGUUAUUUCCUUGAACAGAUGUGAGGAAGGUGGUUGUUAUCGUUACAGAUGGAUUUAGCACCACAGGAGUUGAAUUUUUAAAGGACAAAGUGAGAAUGAUCAGAGAUCAAGGAAUUGAGGUUUUUGUAAUUGGAAUAACACGCCGGAUAAACAGAGAGGAAUUAUUAGCUUUAUCUAGUACACCAGUUAAAUAUCAUUUAUUAAGGUUAAAUGAUUCCCAAGAUGUAAACAAAGUUGUUGAGUCAAUCACAAACCAGCUGUGCAAAUAA